GUCCCCGUACAAUUUGGCUGCGGAGCCGGAGGCAGGGAUACAGGGAUGGAACUGCCGGACACUUCCUUCCUUCUCGCGAUCUUUCCUCCUCCCCCCCCACCUCGCCUCCUCCUCCUCUCAUCCCUGUCACCUCAGCUCCCCUUUAUGGCUGCUCUCCGUACCCUCCUGCGGGCGCUCCGUGCCCCCCACCCAUUAGGGGUACCGGGCCCCAAGGCUGCUCUGCCCCCUCCGAGAGGUUCCUUCCUUCUGUUCGCGUCCGGGGCUGCGGGGGCAGCGGCUGCUCUGGCUUGUUAUGUCGCUUACCGAGAUUACAGCGCUGGGCACCGGGGAAAGCGGCCUUAUCGCCUCACAGAGUCCCCGGAUAACGGGAACCGAUUGGGUGCGAGUAUCCUGCUGCCUGUCAGCGCUGCCAAGGAGACGAGCGCCACAAUGAGACCAGAGCUAGAGGAUCUGGACAUGUAUGCCUCAUCCAGAGAGCAGCGCUUUCGUAUCUUUGCAUCGUUAGAAUACGAGGGCCAGCUGUACAUGACUCCAAGAGAUUUUUUAGGAUCAGUUACCACAGAUGAACCUAGAAGUGCAAAACACUGGAGAUCAAUUUCAAGAACAGAACAAAACCAGAUGCUGCUCGACACACCACCUGUUUGGAAAGGCACAUCACGUUUCUUUCGAACACUUGGUGAUAAAGGUAUGAUAUCCUACACAGAAUACCUAUUCCUGCUCUGCAUUCUGACAAAACCUCAUGCUGGAUUUAAAAUAGCAUUCAACAUGUUUGACACAGAUGGGAAUCAGAUGGUGGACAGAGAGGAGUUUUUGGUGUUGCAAGAAAUCUUCCGAAAGAAGAAUGAAAAGAAGGAAAGGAAAGGAGAAGAGGAAAAAUGUGCACAACUGCGUCUUCAACUUUAUGGAUACCUUGCAACAACUAACGGUGUACUUAAAACAGAUCCACAAGAGCAUGCUUCCAGAAGCUAUUGGGAUACACUGAGGCGUAGUACAAGCCAAGCGCUCUUUUCGGACCUUGCAGAGGGCCCAGAUGAGCUUACCAGUUCCAUGAUUCACACCACCCUCCUUGUGCACUUUUUUGGCAAGAAAGGGAAAGCUGAACUCAACUUUGAGGACUUCUAUAAAUUUAUGGAUAACCUGCAAACGGAGGUGCUGGAAAUUGAGUUUCUGACCUACUCCAAAGGGAUGAGCACCAUAAGUGAAGAAGACUUUGCACACAUCCUGUUACGAUACACCAAUGUAGAAAACACUUCAAGCUACUUGGAAAAUGUGCGCCUUCGUAUUCCUGAAGAAAAGGGAAUCUCAUUUGACGAAUUUAGAUCUUUCUUCCAGUUUCUGAACAACCUGGAAGAUUUUGCAAUCGCCAUGCAAAUGUACAACUUUGCAAAUCGAUCCAUUGGCCAAGAUGAGUUCAAGCGUGCUGUAUAUGUAGCAACAGGUCUGAAGCUGUCUCCACAUUUGGUGAACACAGUUUUCAAGAUCUUUGAUGUUGACAAAGAUGAUCAAUUGAGCUAUAAGGAAUUUAUUGGCAUAAUGAAAGACCGUCUCCACAGAGGAUUCAGGGAGCCCCCAAAACGUGGUUUGAAGGACUACUAUGUGUGUGUGACCUCAGUGACAAGAAAGCACCUCCGAGAGUUUUUCAGGAAUUUCCGAAGCAGAGAUACGAUAAGAUGAAAAAUGCAGCCAUUGCUGUCGCCAUUCUUUCAACUGCCAGAGAAGGCAUGAGCGCCGGCAGACAAUGUAGCUACUGUAUGGUUUCAUUUGUACCCAUUUAUUUAUCACUGAAUGCACCUUUUUUAGUGAUGCACAUUGUUAGCAUUCAUUUAGGUACAGAAGGUGGCUUACUGUUCUUAAACUAUGUAUUUUUUGCAUAUUUAUACAAAUGGAAGGAUAUGUUCACUGAUAUAUAUAUUUAUUUUUGUUAUAUAUCAUAUUUCACCAAUGUUUGGCUUGAUAUUAGGUCUUUAAUAUCACACCUGCUUCUUGCACUUUUAUAAAUAAGCUGUUCUUAAUUUUGGUCCCCAUUAAUGUGAAUGCGCACAGAGAACCCAUAGGUGUAGCCUAUUUCUCUCCAACGCCAGAUUUCUAAUUAAGGCGCCCAGAGCAGCCCCCAUCCCCUGCCCCACUCCCAUUGCUGAGUAUCACGCACAUGCACAUCCAUUUAUUUCACAUACAGAGCUGGGGACAGGAUGCGCUGAAGUUUUUUGCGUGUCCUAUCCCCAGUGCUCCGUAUGUGAGGUGUGGCUGGGCGGCAUACUGCCCUAGGCUUAGGCCUUUGUGGCCUCGCCACAAAUCUGGGCCUGUUUCUGUUGUGGUUCUGGAAUGGAAUAGCAUUGUGCCUUAUAAUGCAGCUGGCGUCAGAAUUCUGCUCUGAUCAUUAAUGCCUCUAUAAGGAUAUAAGGAGGGUGGAACUGUUACCUGGUAGGCUGUAUAAAUAAUAUAGUAGGGAUUGGAGGGCCACAGAGUAAGGGUUGUACAUUAAGAUAAAAAAGGUACGAUAUUUCUGUGAAGUGAUCAUAGCCAAUAGAGACAGAUCUGCCUUUUGUUUUGGGUUUUUCUUAUAGAAACUGUGCUUUUUAUAAUUCACAGAAAGAGCAAAGAGGUAAGAAAUGUAAUGACAGUAAGAGAAUGUAUUUGGCCCCAGGAUUGUGUUUACAGUUGCUGUUCCAAAUUUCAAAAAGUCAGACACUAAAAAGCGCAUGAAUGCAAAUGCAGAGCAAAGAAAUGCCGCUUCAGCUCACCCCAUUGUAAUGGCGGCAGGUUCCUCAUACAACUUCAGCAAAGAAGAAGCAUGUUUAUUCCUAUACAAUUUUGGGGGGAAAACUUGCAUAAUUGCGACAGAAUGAGAUCAUGACUUUUUCCGCAAAUGCAUUUUCCGUAUUACUUAAAAUUCUCAAAUGGGUUUAUCUAAAUUGCCUUGUUUCAUGGGGGAAAAGUGACCGUGUUUUACCAUUGCAGCAAAACAGUCAAAGGUUUGUCUUUAAAAAAUACCCACCUUGCCUAAACAACCUUACUGAAUGCUGCUUUUAUGUGGUUGAUUAUUUUUGUUUGAAACUUUUCUUGAAGUGACCUUUUUUUCCCCAAAACGUUAUCAAGGUGUUUUUGCAGCAAUUUUCUCAUGUCAUGGCCAAAAUAGCAAACUCAAAUUUUAAUGAAUCAGCCCCCUAAAAACUGUAUUGUGGCUGCAUUGUGCGCAAAAAUUGCCUUUUUUUCACACUGCAUCCUACAUUAUAAAUGAUCCUAAAUAGACUUUAUAAAUGGCCCUUAUGGGAAGCAAAUUUUAGGUGCUUGUCUCCUAAACCUUCAUAACUGUGUUUAAAUAAAUGUCAUGCAAGAGACUUAAUUUGAUCCAAUGGCACACACAGCGACUUUACCCUAUUAAGCAAAAGCAUAUACAUAUACAUACACACAUAUAUAUAUACACACACAUAUAUAUAUAUAUAUAAUUUCUUCUCUAAGCAAGUCUCCUUUUUUCUUGUGCCUUUACUGCAGAUUAAAUGCACGUUAUUUACAAAGGAUUUGUAUUAGCCAUAUUAAAUACUUAUAAUCAAAUAUAUGAUAGCAACCACAAUUUUGGCAGCAUUUUGGGUCUAAACAAGAAUGUAAGUAAUACAUUUAAACCAAAUAUUUGUUGUAAUGAUUAAAGUCUUAAUAUAUUUAUUUGAUUCCUACAUAAUAUCCUUUGCUACAUUUCAUAUAGUGUUAGAGCUAGAGGUGAGCAGCUGAUUUGGAGCCAGUGUAUGGCAAUAGCUAGUGUGCUGCCUUAGUGUAAGUGUUAGUGCAUCAGCAUGCAGAUGAAUUAAAACCAGACUGUUAUAUAAGUGAUCAGUUUAUAGAUUUUUUUCUUGAAUAUAAAUGCAGUGUCAGAUUGUAUCCAUUGUAGCCAGAGCACAAAAUUUGUUUAACAAAAUAUUAAGCAAUGAGCAAAAAUGACACUGAGGUGCUGAUCCAAUCCUGAUCCCAUCCCGGUCCGAUCCACCAAGAACAGUUUGGGCAAUUUCUCAUCACAAACAACUAAUUGGAUUCGAUUUAUUCAAAGAGGGUCUUUCUAAAUCAAUAUAAUUGGUCAGUAUUCACAGGAAAAAUGCAUUCCUUAAAUACUGAUCAGUAUUGAUGUUUAUUCAUCAUUCCUCUCGUUACUCAUUAUUCCUCUCGUUACUCGUUAUUCCUCUCAAUACUCGUUAUUCCUCUCGUUACUCGUUAUUCCUCUCGUUACUCGUUAUUCCUCUCGUUACUCGUUAUUCCUCUCAAUACUUGUUAUUCCUCUCGUUACUCGGUAUUCCUCUCGUUACUCGUUAUUCCUCUCGUUACUCAUUAUUCCUCUCGUUACUCAUUAUUCCUCUCGUUACUCAUUAUUCCUCUCGUUACUCAUUAUUCCUCUCGUUACUCGUUAUUCCUCUCAAUACUUGUUAUUCCUCUCGUUACUCGUUAUUCCUCUCGUUACUCGUUAUUCCUCUCGUUACUCGUUAUUCCUCUCGUUACUCGUUAUUCCUCUCAAUACUUGUUAUUCCUCUCGUUACUCAUUAUUCCUCUCGUUACUCGUUAUUCCUCUCAAUACUUGUUAUUCCUCUCGUUACUCGUUAUUCCUCUCGUUACUCGUUAUUCCUCUCUUUAUUCGUUAUUCCUCUCAAUACUUGUUAUUUCUCUCAUUACUUGUUACAGCAUUAAGGAUAUCAGGGAGGGAUUAGUUGCCUGUUUAAGCAAAGUUUGUCACCAGCCUACACUUUAAUCAAACUGCCCAUGGAUAUUUAGAUUGUUGACUGGAAAUCCUAACAUUUGAGUUUUAGCUAAUUUUAUAUAUAUAACAAUAUGGAUAUUUAUCUGCGUAUAAUGGACUGCAUAACCUUUUUUUUUUUUUUCUUGUAUUUUCUGCUUGUUUCAUUGUGCUGCAUGUUGCACUGAUAAGAAAAUAAAAGUACUGAGUGAUCAGAU